AUCUUCUGCAACAAUCCACCCUCAAACCCCAAAACAAUGGCAAAGUUCACUUGUUUCUUCUUCCUUCACUCCCUACUCAUUCUCAUCAUCAUUCAACAUGUUAAGACAUCCGAAUCUCUCCCUCUCUCGACGACCUCGCGUUGGAUCGUCGACGAGAAAGGGCGACGAGUGAAGUUAGCCUGCGUGAACUGGGUGUCGCACCUCGAGCCAAUGGUCGCCGAAGGGCUGAGCAAGCGACCGAUGGAUGAUAUAGCCAAGCAGACCGUGUCGAUGGGAUUCAACUGCGUUAGGCUCACUUGGCCGCUGUUUUUUAUCACCGAUGACUCUUUAGGUUCCCUCACCGUUCGACGAUCGUUUCAGAGGCUCGGGUUGCUUGAACCCAUUGCCGGAAUCCAGGCCAAUAAUCCAUCCGUCAUUGAUGCUACGCUCAUUGAAGCUUUCCAGGCUGUGGUCUCUAGCCUUGGGAAAAACAAUGUAAUGGUCAUACUUGACAAUCACAUAAGCAAGCCCGGUUGGUGCUGCGGUUACUCCGACGGUGAUGGUUUUUUCGGUGAUUGGAACUUUAACCCGAAUCUAUGGAUCUUGGGUCUAACCCGAAUGGCCACUCUAUUCAAUGGUGUCGCCAAUGUGGUUGCUAUGAGCUUGAGAAAUGAACUCAGAGGUCCCAAACAGAACACGAAUGAUUGGUAUAGGUACAUGCAGAAAGGAGCCGAAGCCGUGCAUGCAGCCAAUCCCAACGUUCUCGUUGUCCUUUCAGGAUUAAACUACGAUAGAGACUUGUCAUUCAUCCGAACUCGACCCCCGGCUCUCUCGUUCGGUCAAAAACUAGUGUUUGAACUCCAUUGGUAUGGCUUUUCCGACGGCGAUGCAUGGGUAACCAACAACCCAAACAGCAUGUGCGGCAAAGUGAUCGACUACAUGAUGAAGACGUCGGGUUUUUUGGUCGAUGCAGGGUAUCCGUUAUUGGUGAGCGAGUUCGGAAUCGACAUAAGAGGGAACAAUGUGAAUGAUAAUAGGUACUUGGACUGCUUUUUGGGCGUGGUGGCUGAGCUCGACCUGGAUUGGGCGUUGUGGACGUUGGUUGGGAGCUAUUAUUUGAGAGAUGGGACUGUUGGGUUCAACGAAUACUAUGGGAUCAUGGAUUGGAAUUGGAUUGAUAUUAGGAAUUCAAGUUUUAAUAAGAGACUUUCUGCUCUUCAGUCUCCUUUUCGAGGACCAGGAUUAACAGAAAUGGAACUACACAAAGUGAUAUUUCAUCCCUCAACAGGGCUUUGUAUUUUGAGGAAACCAUCGAUUAACCUUUUAGGCUUGGGUCCGUGUACCGACUCGGAACCAUGGAAUUACUCACCUCAGAAGACUUUAGAGUUAAAGGGAGCUAACUUAUGCUUACAAGCCGACGCAUUUGGGACGAUGGCGGAGCUCGGAAUCACUUGUGGCGGGUCGAAUUCGAAAUGGGAAAUGAUAUCGGAUUCGAUGAUGCACUUGUCGUUGAAACUCGAAAAUGGCACCUUGGUUUGCCUGGAUGUGGAUUCAAACGGUAAUAUCAUUAUGAAUGGUUGCAAAUGCUUGAACCGAGAUAGUCGAUGCGAUCCCGAGAGUCAAUGGUUCAAACUUGUGGAUAGCACGAGGAGUGGAAACCUAGGAAAAUCCUUUGUGGACUUUGAUUCAACCAUUGAUUUAGGAAUUCCUAUGGAACCUUUGUUUGAAUGUAAAACCAGUCUUUGAUCGAUUCACUUAGGUUAGAAUAUGUCCUCAAUUACUACGUGAUUGAGUGUACCCCUAGUUUUUUUUUUUAACGGUAUCAUUAUAGUUAAAAAUA